AUGUGGAUCAACAGCAAUAACGAUACACAGCAACUUCGCCGUUUGAAUGUAUUGGCCAACCAUUUGAAUAUUGCCACUACUACUGAUCACAACAAUAUUCAGUUAUACCCAUCUUCAUCAUUGGAUCAUCAUGGUUGGCUUGCCAUGAAUGAAACGGCUGCUCUUGGGAAGGGAAUGUUGAGUGCCACCCCGAUCCAAGGAGGCUCCUUCAACACUAACAGCCUAAAUUCUUCAACUCCAUUGACUUUAACCGACUCGGAAACAGAACAACUUGCCAACACAAUCAUACGUGGAGAUUAUAGAGAAUUGCGUCAGACUCUCUUCACCUAUUUCCAACAACAUGCCGAUUAUUACAAGAUAUUUUCAGGAUAUGACAUGUCUUUGGACGAUGCAAGACAAAAGAGUCAUGAUCGAGCCAUUCGAAUUCUGAAAGAGAAAUUUGUCUCUCCAUAUGACAUUCUCAAAGAUCCACUCAAAAUUUCAGUGUUUAUGAAUUCAAUUCCAACCGAUGCAAGUACUUUGGUCAAGUUGUCGGUGCAUUUCAAUUUAUUUGGUGCUUGUAUUGCACACUUGGGAACCAGUGAACAAUUAGAGAGAUGGUUAGGACCAAAAAGUGAUUUUUCUGAACGUCUUGGAUGUUUCUUAAUGUCUGAAUUGACACACGCAAGUAAUGUUCGAAAACUUGGUGUCACUGCCACCUAUGACAGAGCAAGAAAUGAAUUUGUACUUUAUACACCUGACGAGGGAGCACAAAAGUAUUGGAUUGGUAAUGCUUACAAAUCUGCCACGAAAGGAGUUUUAUUUGCUCAGUGUAUUGUCGAUGGUGUGAAUCAUGGUGUUCAUGCAUUUGUUGUUCCAAUGAGAGAUCCAUCCACAAUGAAAGUUUAUGACGGUAUUCUUGUGAGAGAUGUUGGAAUCAAGAUGGGUCUGAAUGGUAUUGACAAUGGAAUGGUUGCUUUUAAUAACUAUAGAAUUCCAAUCGAUCACUUACUCUCCAGAUAUGCACAAAUUAAGGAUGGUAAAUAUGAGACUUCGAUCAAGAAUGAUAAUGUAAGAUUUGCUAAACAUAUUGGAGCACUUUUACAAGCUCGUUUGGGUGUUGGAACUGGAUGUUGCAAUGCUCUUCAAAUGUCAUUAACUACUGCUAUUCGAUAUGCCCAUAGAAGAGUUCAAUUUGGUCCACCACCACCCAAAGAUAAGACAAAAUCUAAAAAUGAAGAAGAAUGGCCACUCAUCAAAUACAAGACUCAUCAAAUGAGAUUGAUGCCACUUGUAGCUGAAGCAUAUGCUUAUCACUUCUUUGCUUCUUUCUGUAUGAAGAAGUAUGAAGAGUACAUGAUUGGUGGAAAUAGAGAUGAUCUUCUUAAAACUGUUCACUUACUUGCUUCAGCUUCCAAAGUUCAGAUCAGCUGGAGAAAUCUUGCCAUCAUUCAAGAAUGUAGAGAGGCUUGUGGUGGUCAAGGUUACCUCACCAGAAAUUUAUUACCAAUAUUGAGAGUAGAUAGUGAAGCAAAUGUCACGUUGGAUGGUGAUAAUCAUUUGCUUCUUUAUCAAAUCUCUGGUGUCUUGCUCUCUGAAUAUGCAAAACAAUUUGCUCCUUCCAAAGACAAGAGUUUGUUGACUACUGUUUUGGGACCUGGAUUGAACGCAGCCAAUGCAUUGUACAUUCUUGGAAAAGAAAAGAUCAAUGAUUUGUGGAGAGACGGAUUAUUGAAACAUUAUGCCAAUACCAAUGAGGAGCAUUUGUUGUCAAAAGAAUUCUUAUUAGGAGCUUUGCAAUUCAGAGAAAACAGACUUGUCCAUACUUUGGCCGCUAAAAUGCACAAGACUUCUCAAAAAUUCAAGAUUGAACAACACAUGUCUAAUGGAGAAGCACAAUUUGCAGCACAUAAUCUUUGUUCAACACAUAGCCUUCAAUGUGGUAAAGCUUACUGUGACAAGAUUAUUGCAAAGAUUUUCUUUGAAAAGGUAGAAUAUUUAAAGACAACAUUGGGCUCUCAUAGCAACAUUUACAAAGCUAUGCAUACUUUGAGUUGCAUUUUCGCCAUGAGCAUUAUUAUCAAUGAUCCAUUCUUCCUUGAAAAGAAGGUGAUUGGUGCCACUAAAUCCAAGGCAUUGAAGAGAUUGAGAGAACAAUUGGUGUCAAAUGUGACUCACUGUUGCUUAUCCUUGGUUGAUGGCUUUGGCAUUCCAGAUUUUGUAUUGGAAGGUUCCAUCGGCUCUCGCAACGAAAAUUAUGUUGCUUUGAAUGGAUACAACCACAAAAUUGUUGAUGUUUAA